CAGCUAAUCUCGUUGUUAAAAAAGUUACUACAUCUUCCUCACACCAGAAUAAACUGUGUAACAAUAAUUGGUAAGCAACUGUGGAGAUUACAUUGUUUUCAGGUGCACUGCGGGCGUUACGUGCAUGGUCAUGCCGUUGCCCAUCACCUUGCCGAGCCAACACACGCGAUGUCUCUUUCACUUGCCGAUCUCUCUGUGUGGUGCUAUCCUUGCGAAGCUUACGUCCACAAUGAAGUUCUUAUCCCAGCCAAAUCUGCCGCUCAUUUGAGUAAAUUUGGUGAAACUAGUCUUCAAUAA